CUCACACGUACAGAAAUAUGUUUAUUUUAAUCUUCGCCGGGUUACUCGUGGACGGUGUGUUCGGUGUUACAGGUGAAGUGAAGUCAGUGUUCGUGAUGGAGGGAGAGUCUGUCACUUUAUACACUGAUGUUACUGAAAUCCAGAAAGCUGAGCUGAUACUGUGGACGUUUGGAUCUGACAACACUCGUAUAGCUCAGAUCAACAGACAGGUCAACAAGGUCUCAUUAUAUGAUGAUGUUCUUGAUGGGAGAUUCAGAGAUAGACUGAAGUUGGACAAGACUGGAUCUCUGACCAUCACAAACACCACAACUGAACAUGCUGGAGAUUAUGAACUACAGACCUUUGGUGGAAAUGAGGUCCCACCGAGGAAAUUCAGUAUUAUUGUUUCUGGUCCUCUGCCUGUUACUGUCAUCAUCAGUAACUCUUCACACUGUUCUUCAUCAUCAUCAUCAUCAUCAUGUUCAGUGGUGUGUUCAGUGGUGAAUGUGUGUGAUGCGACUCUCUCCUGGUACGCAGGAAUGAGUGUAUUGUCCAGCAUCAGUGCGUCUGCUCUCAGCAUCAGUCUCUCUCUACCUCUGGAGGUGGAAUAUCAGGAUAAAAACCCCUACAGCUGUGUGCUGAACAAUCCCAUCAGCAACCAGACCACACAUCUGGACAUCAACACACUCUGUCACACAUGUGGAGCAGCAGGUUUGUCUGCAGGUGCAAUAGCGCUGGUGUGUGUGUGUGCUCUGGCUCUGGCUGGAGUUGUGUGUGGUAUUUACUGUUACCAUCGACACAAGAUGCUUAAACGGGCAGAUCAAGACGGGGAAACAUAUAAAGAGGACAGUUGUUCACAAAAUGGAGCAGUUCCUUUGCUGGCUGUGGAGACAGACGGCGGGGACAUGUCUAAUCAGAAGAGAGAUUUACAAAAUAGUGUGUUUGUUAAGGAGGAUAAGAUCACGUCAGUGUCAGUGAUGGAGGGACAAUCGGUCACGCUACACACUGAUGAUGCUGAAAUACAGGGAAUGGACAUGAUAUGGUGGAAGUUUGCGGAUUCCAAAAAACACAAUGCUAAAUUUGUUGUCAUAGCAACACUGAAUAAAACAAACAAUGAUGAACUUCCAUUUAAUAAAAAAAUUCUCAAAUUCAAAGACAGUUUGAAACUGGACCACAACAGCGGAUCUCUCAGCAUCACGAACAUCACAGCUAAACUCUGUGGACAUUAUAAACUCCACAUCACCAGCGAGGGACACAUGAGCAUUCAUACAUUCAUUGUGGCUCAUGUUCCAUUGAAUAGAGAGCGGACCAUAAGCCGGAGACAAACCUGCCCUUGAUUACAGUAUAUA